CACACACACACACACACACACACUCAAACCCCCCUCCCCCCUUGUAGCAACCACAACCACCACCUCACCCUGCUCCAGCGCCUUCAGUGGCUCACGUGCCGCAGCACACUCCAAUGAGUCCCACGCUUCAGAGGAAAAAUUCUCCACACUCAAGUCCAGAGGGGCAGCAUAGUGUGGGGGCGUCAUCAUCCGGCUUCCAGGGAGGGGAACGGAAGAUGUUGCUCCUUAUCAAUCUGAUGAAGCAGACUUAAUCAAGAUAUCUGAACGGGGGAGAGAUCAAGUAGCCCACACACUGUGAAGUGUGUGCGGAGGGGUGAUGCCUCGAGAGCGCAUCACAGGACGACAAAACCCCACUGCAAGACGCAGUGCCAGAAUAGAGCAGCUUUGGCACGAGCGGUUGUUUCCUGUAGUUUGUGGGAAAAGGGGGAGAUCGACCAAACGAAUCCCCUAGCAUACUUCUUGUCAUGCCGGAAUCCUCCUGAUCAUCUCUGCUGGCUCGUGUACAGAGACAAUGUAGUGGGGAGAGAAAAAGGGGAUCUCCACCGGUGGAGAGAUCUGGGGAUGCAUGGACACGGUUAUGGGUGAUUAAUGCCAUUUUGCAGCUGCAAACCAAGAAUGGAUAUGCGCACAAAAAGUAGGGAUAAGUGAGUUUCGGGAGCCACAGGAUGGACACUGCGGAGGUAAUUCUCUCUGUGUUGGUGGUUGUGAUUAUUAUAGUGUCGUUGCUGUCCAACAUCCUGGUGCUGAUCUGCUUUCUGUAUAACCCGGAGAUCCGCAAGCAGGUCCCCGGUCUAUUCAACCUCAACCUCACCUUCUGCAACUUGUUGCUGACCGUGUCCAACAUGCCGCUCACUUUGGUGGGACUUGUCAGUAAGGCUCAGCCGGGAGGUGACGGCUUCUGCCAGAUCGUGGGCUUCCUGGAGACCUUCCUGUCCACCAACUCGAUGCUGAGCAUGGCAGCUCUGAGCAUCGACAGGUGGAUCGCCGUGGUGUUCCCCCUGAGGUACCACUCCAAAAUGCGCCACAAAGACGCCGCUUUUGUGCUCGGGUACACGUGGGCGCACUCCAUGUCCUUCUCUACGGUGGCCACCUGCCUCUCCUGGGUGGGAUACCACCGCCUUUACGCGUCCUGCACCCUGUCCAACCCGAGGGCGAGCAGUCGGACCCAGUUUGUUAUCUUCACCGUCUUUUUCCACUCCUUCACCUUUCUGCUGUCUUUUAUAGUGCUGUGUGUCACAUACCUCAAAGUGCUUAAAGUGGCAAGGUUUCACUGUAAGAGGAUCGACGUUAUUACAAUGCAAACUUUGGUGCUGCUGGUGGAUAUACACCCCAGUGUUCGCCAGCGUUGCUUGGAGGAGCAGAGGAGGCGACGGCAGAGAGCCACAAGGAAGAUCAGCACCUUCAUCGGCACCUUCAUGCUCUGCUUUGCUCCCUAUGUGAUCACAAGGAUCGUGGAGUUAUUUCCAGCGGUGCCUAUCAACCCUCACUGGGGAAUUGUCUCCAAGUGCUUAGCUUACAGCAAGGCAGCCUGCGACCCUUUCGUGUACUCUCUGCUCCGACACCAGUACAAGAAGACGUGCGCUGACAUCACCAACAGGCUGCUGAAGCGUAGCUCCUUGAACGCAUCAGGGCGCGUGCACGAAAGUCAAGUCAACAGCAUAGCGACGGUAGAGUGACAGAGAGCGGGACUGAUGGGAUACGGUCUGAGGGUUGACCUGGCAACUGUCAGGGAAAUAUGAAGCUGAUUUAUCAUCGAUUGGAGACAAAUAUUGGUUGUUCUUGUCCACGUCUGCUUGAAUUUGGUCUGACACGCCAAAAAAAUAGUCACUUCAGACAAGGGCAAAUCCUGGCACAGGAAUACCACUGUGCUUGCAUACUGAGUGCCCAGAACAGCACAUUAGUGCAGUGAACUUGUUGUGAGGACAAUGAGCAACAGCAGAUUUCACAUCCACCUGGAGAGACAGAUGUGCUCACCCAAGAAGAACGGACAGUUCAUAGCCUCAUUAUUUUAUCAAAUGUAGCUUUGAGAUUUGACAUGAUAUGGAUUUUACAGUACAACUGUUUGUUUUUACAUUACUAUAAUAUGUAUUCUUAUUAUCUUUUCAAAAAAAAAAAAGGAUAGGGAAUGGCUGUAUGUCUGUUAUAGUCUGUGCAAAGUGUUUGCAAGUGACAAGUUGAUGUGUUCACAUUGUAUGUAGCACUGAAAACUAGCCUAACCAAAACUUGAUACAAAACCGAGUCCCCUAAUUGUAUUACAGAUGAAACCAUACAGUUCGGCUCAGGUGAUUUCAGAUUUGAUGAGGCAAAACACACUCUCAAUUAAACACAUUUGUAGGGUAUUUUUUAGUACAUUGCCUUGUAGUAUUAGGGCCAAUUAACAGAAAAACUAAGAUUCUAAUGGAUUCUUUUCUUUCAUGUGUAUUAACAUGUUUCCAUCGUUUGUGCUCUCAUCACCCAUUUUGAAGGACUUACUGACCCGGCCAUGCAGAGUUUUAAUGGGUAAAAUGGGCCUUCAAACCGACUGCCUUUGUUGUCAUGACUGACGUGUGCCCCUCAGGUUGUUUAGUCAAGUGAAGCGUGAUUGACUGUACAGUAUUUGCCUGGGUUUAUACUCACAGAGAUGAGCAUCCCCUAGAGACUGCUUGUGCUUUCUCGUGCUUUUGAGCAAGAUGGACUGAAAAGGAAAACAUCUGUGUUUUCCUUUGCUCUGCAGGGUGAUCACAUGCAAACUUAUGACAUCAUGUGAUAUUUUGUAGCAAUGACAGGUGUCCAUGCGAGGCACAUUUGGAUACAAAUGAUUCGUAGAACAAAGCAACUCUGGAAGCAGAAAUAAUGUUUUUGCUAACAAAAUAGUUUCUGCUUUCGGUCUCUUAACAUUUAACAUGUACCAUACAGUAACAUGUAACUGACAUUUUGGACAGAAUGUAAUAUUUGUGUAGGCAACUCUGUCACAAAUAUUUUCACAACACAAUCAGUUUGCAUUUGUAGAACAUAUUAAUACCAGUUAGGACGCAAGACACAAUCAAGGCUAAUUGCUCAUCAACUGUGCAAACUGCAUAGCUGGGUCCCAAAAACAGGUCAUCAUAUCUUAACUAUGCUGUAAAGCGGAUCACUUAAAAUAUUACCUCUUUUGUCCAACAAUUUAUGAUCAAAGCAUUCUUGGAAAGUUAGCAGGCUACUGAACUAGCUUGCCAUUAGCUGCAGGCUAGUAUGAAUGUGGAGGGUUGGUUAAGCUAAGUA